AACUCAAUCAUUUAAGAAAUGCUAUAAUUAAAGAAUUGCAAAAAAAACUCAAAAAUCAUUACCGUGCUAUUGGGGAACAAGUGUUUUCAAUGCAUUGUAGUGAAAAUACUUUUGUGGGUAUAUUUGGACCUUAUAUUACACACUAUUCACCAUGUGGUUCCUUUUAUCUUUGUAAUUUUGGAGAAGAAGAUGCUGUUAAAACAAUUGGGUUAAUAUUUAACAAUGAUCAAUGGUAUAAAUAUGACUAUGGCAAUGGUCAAUAUUUCUUGAAAAAAUUCAGAGUAUCAUUACUG